AUGGCUAUCCAGCAGCAGAUGCCUGAGACCAGGCACCUUACACGCCACGUCCUGCCGUGCGUCCUCAUGCGCGCAGGGACAUCAAAAGGGAUUUUCCUGCACCGGAGAGACCUGCCUAGACGCCAAAUCGAAUGGGCUCCCCAUUUAAUAUCGGCUCUUGGCUCUCGAGGGAAUGAUCCCCGCCAGAUCGAUGGCGUCGGUGGAGGCACGUCGACAACAUCAAAGGUCGCUGUCGUGUCGCCCUCGGACCGGCCAGAUGCUGAUGUUGACUUCACCUUUGCGCAAGUCGCAGUGGGCAAAGAGUCUGUGGACUUUACGGGAACGUGUGGCAAUAUUAGUUCGGGUGUUGGGCCAUUUGCUGUACAAGAAGGAUUGGUAAAACCCAGACCAGGACAGACUGAGAUGGAUGUUCGAAUUUACAACACAAACACCAAACGCAUCAUCGUCGAAACGGUGGAGAUUGAUGACGCCGGAGAGUUUGAGGAAGAUGGCACCUACAACAUCCCGGGUGUUAACACUGCCGGGAGUGAGGUCAAAUGCGCCUUUGUCGAUCCAGCGGGCAGCAUGACAGGCAAGCUAUUUCCAUCUGGGAAGCAACAGCAAACCCUCAGUGUCGAACCACCAUCAUCAAUUCCCGGCAUGGCGCCCUUUGGUGUUCGCGUAACGCUUAUCGACGCCGCGAAUCCCUUUGUGCUCAUCGACUCUGCCUCCAUUUCUGGAUUGCUCAACACUCUUCCCUCACCGGACGCCCAGCACGCGCUUAUAGAGUCUAUCCGACGCGAAGGAGCAGUGGCUAUGGGCCUCGCCUCCACCGUCGAAGUCGCAGCACAAACCAGGGGAACGCCAAAAGUCGCACUCAUCUACCCUCCCAUAUUCCAGCAAACCACCGGCGAGAUGCCCGACAUCCGCGUUCAAGCUUAUUCCAUGGGUCUUCCCCACCCGAGCCUCCAGCUCACCGGCGCGGUGUGCCUUGCUGCGGCGCUGAACUCUCCCGGGACAGUCCCAGCAGAGCUCUCUGCUAAAUCUCUCAUGAGUAACUGGGCGUUGCCGACGCCAGAGCGGACACCUUCGCCUCCCAACGGACCGAAUGAACUCAAGGAGAAGGAAGUCGUUAUUGCCCAUAGUAAGGGGACAAUUCGUGUGAGAGUUGUGAUGAAGGAAGACAGAGAGAUAGCGAGCUGUGCAGUUUCGAGGACAGCGAGAAGACUAUUUGAAGGAAGAGUGCGGUAUUAUGUAGAGGAGUAUGGAGUAUAA